CAAGCUCCCUGGUGACCAGCCAAAAGGGGAUGCAGAUUGAACAAAAAUAAGAAGAUAUCGAAUCAAUCUUCACCCAUCUUCCAACGGAUUUAAAGUUGCUUCUCGGACGGGGCGGCAAUCCAGACGCAUUGCCAGCCAUGCUAGUCUCCAGGAGCCUUUUGAAGCAGCAAGGUGGUUGCGGUGAGUCCAAGCCCUCAGCACCUUCGAAACCCUCCGGCAGGGCCUUCCGGCGCAAGAUGCUGUGCACCACCAUCCAUCGAAUCAGCGAGUCGCCCACGCCGGCCUCUGGUUCGCUCGGAUCGUGCUUCCAGGGCUUAGAUUUCCUCUUCGGGCGUCAGUCUGCCAAGACCAUUGGCGACCGAGAGUCGAUCGAGUGCGAGAAGGCGGUGCCCACGAAGAUCGACACACCCCUCACGGAUUCGGAUAGUGAGACGCUGAGCACCACGACGCGCGGCACCUCUUGCUUCAGCUGCACUGAUUGCGAAUCUCUGUCUGCGUAGGCACUAAAUGUGAGGGGUGAGCUCAGCUCCUGAGGGUCCGGCCCACUCGGUGGUCAAGGUUGAGGAUCAGAGUAGUAGUUGCAGGAACCUCCUUUUUUCGAGGAACCACUGGAGUGUGUUGUGUUCUUUUUGUGAGUCUUUACUGGCCGGGCAGAGAUUUUGACGCCUGGAAGGGAGCUUGCCUAGACAAGCUCCUGUUUUCCAGACAUUCUAGCCUGACGCCACCGCUUUGAGUGGUUGAAUCAUGCCAGCACUUUCUUGCUUCAGCGAAGCAAAUUGUGGAACAACCAGGAUGAUUGAUGGGAAAGCUGCGAG